AUGGGCCCUGCCCCGAGGCCCACGCACCUGAUCUUCACCAACAUGUCUGUGGCCAACUUCUUGGUUCUUCUGGUUAAAGGGAUUCCCCAGGUGAUAUUUAUGUGGGGUAAAAUCAUUCUCCUGGACAGCACUGGGUGCAAACUCAUCUACUAUGUCCACAGGGUGGGCAGGGGCCUUUCUCUCUGCACCACCUGCCUGCUGAGCAGCUUUCAGGCCGUCACCAUCAGCCCCAAAGCGGUGGCAUGGAUGCGGCUCAAAGAGCAAGCUAGCAAGAAUGUCCGUAACUCCUGCCUUCUGUGUUGGGCUUUCAACUUGAUGGCCAAUCACCUUGUCCUUCAAAACAUCGAGAGUGUUCAGCACAGCCACAAUGCCACCCAGAGAAAGGACUAUGGAAUUUGCUGGUACAAAAUUCCUAUAUCAAAGGCUACCAAAGGCACAAUUGUGUUAGUGUUUCCCGACAUUAUAUUCCUGGGCCUCAUGGCUGGGACAAGUAUCUACAUGCUUCUUGUCCUACGUAGACAUCAGCGACAAGUGAGGUACAUCCAUGCCCUCCGAGAUACCCGCAGACUCUCUCCGGAGGCCAGGGCCACUCAAACCAUCCUGCUUCUGGCAGGUGCUUUCAUUUUGUUUUAUUUCGCCAAUUGUGCAAUGUCAAUUUAUAAUACUGUUAUGUCCAAGCCUCCUGUCUGGAAGAAGUAUACUACAAGUUUAUUAGCGGCCACCUAUCCCUCCCUCAGCCCCUUGAUCCUGAUGUUUCGAGAUCCCCGAACACCACCUUUCUGCUCAUAA